AUCAACAGCGCAGCCAGCCAGUCCUACGAGUCGACGUAGCCGAGGUAGGCGUACGAAUGCCCGCGAUAUAACACACGUGUGCCUGGCGCACGCACGCUGCAUUUGUCGCAUCGCUGCGAGAACCACAGCUCCAAGCCAGCUCCAAGCCACACACGUGCCUGGCGCACCACUGCAUUGUCGCACGAGAACCACAGCUCCAAAACCAAUGCCUGCCACGAGCAAAGCCGUGGCCGUCGCGGCCGGCGCGGCCGCAGCGCUCGCCUACUACUUACGACGCAGACGUCGUGCGGCCCGUAUGAAACUCCUCGCCACGCACACCAAGAUCGCCCUGCUGGCGAGCGAGCGCGGCGCGGUCGUCGCGAUGAGCCCGGCGACGUCCACGGUCACGUUCUUCAAAGGAUCACCGAGAAGGGUGGCCAACAAGCUCCGAAACAAGGUCGCGGCAAUUGUGGAAGCGAACCCCUGGCUCGCGGCGCGGUUAGAUGAUGAUGAGAAUGGGGAACUGGCACUAUUCGUGCCGCCUGAACUGCCGGAGCUCUUCGCCGAGCGCCGUGACAUUGCCGUGGAGCGCACGCCGUAUGCAUCAUUGGUGGCGGCCCUCGCACCCGUCCUCUGCGGGACAAGUGUCGAAUGUAGAGGGACGGCGAAGCCGCUCUUCCAGGUGUCUCUAGUAAGUUGCGCGAACGACACGUACGCGCUGGUCGUGUCGGCGAACCAUUCUUUGGUAGACGGCCACGGCUACUACCGCAUCUACAACAUGUUGAGUGAAGGUUCAAAGGUGGAGAGCCUGGACCCGGCGCGCAAGUUUGAUGUACCAUCAAGAAUGGUCGCGGCGAUGCAUGACGAACAUUCAUUACUACAGCGGGCCCCGCCGGGUUUUCUGUUGCGUUUCAUCACGGCGCAGAUCAAAAACGCCGUCGCGCCGUCCACGCACGCCCACGCCUUUUAUAUCAACGAAGCUUGGGUCGCCGCACGGAAAGCCACGGCGGACGGCGUCGCCUUCCUGUCGACGAACGACUGCGUCACGUCGGAGUUCUGCUCUUUGCUGAACUGCGACGUCGCGCUCAUGGCCGUGAAUUUCCGCGGCAAAAUUGAUGGAUGCGGCGACGACGACGUGGGCAACUACGAGGAUUUGAUCGCGUUCACGCCGCGCGACUACGCGUCGCCAUCUCUCAUAAGGCGCUCCGUUUCUGGACCACAAUACUUCCGCGCGACCGGCGCGCCGCUGCCCACGAACCGCGAGCACCUCGCGGCAAGCUACGGCGCGGUGACGAACUGGGCGACGUUCGCGGAGCCCCUCGAGCUGGACGGCGUGCAACAACUACACCUGCCUUUACUAGACUGGAACGCGUCGACGCCGCCCUCGGUCUUCGGGGCGAUGGUCGUCUUCCGGCCGCGCGCGGGGCGUUUGGCCGCCUUUGUUGGGGGUGGUUCUACUUUCGUCGAGCGUGUGAAGGCGUCCGGCAUGGUCGGGGAGGCCGUUUUGUAAAUAGAAUCUUGUCUGUA